GCGCUGCACCUGGCGGCGGGUGCUCGGCGCUCAGCCCUGAAGCGGUCCAGCUGGUAGCCAGCGGCGGAGGCACCCGGUCGUGGAGGAGCGGGAAAGGUCGCCCCGGAGGGUGCGCUCGGUUCGCGCCGCUGCGGGUCGCCCCAAUCGGCCCGCAUCCCUCGGCCGCCCCGCCCGCCGCAGCCCCCGAGGACCAGCGACCCGCCCGCGAUGGUGCGCGACGCCCCGACAGCCGCCGCCCCGGCGCCCCGAGCCGCCGCCCCGCGCCGGGGGGAGAUGGCUCCCGCGCCCCUCGCAGCUGAACGCCAGCGCCGCCCGCAGCAGAUCAACAAUAAAAAUUUUGAAAGUCACAAAACUUUAAAAUUUUCUGAUGGUGGUGAGAAGCCAUGGCGGCAGAUGAUAAAGUUGCCAUCUUAACCGAUGAUGAAGAGGAACAGAAGAGAAAAUACGUGCUUGCUGAUCCUUUUAAUGGUAUUUCCAGGGAACCCGAACCACCUUCAAAUGAAACACCCACCUCCACAGAAACAUCUGCUCUUCCUGAGGAGGAAGUAGACUGGAUAGAGAAACAUUGUGUUAAAAUAAACAAUGAUCUUCUGAUAUCCAAGGUCUUCUAUUUUUUCUUUUACUCUGCAUAUGGCUCUCUUUACCCACUUCUGCCUGUGUAUUAUAAACAGCUGGGAAUGUCACCAAGCCAGAGUGGAUUGCUAGUAGGUAUCCGAUACUUCAUUGAAUUCUGCAGUGCCCCAUUUUGGGGUGUAGUUGCAGAUCGCUUUAGAAAAGGCAAAAUUGUCCUCCUCUUUUCUCUUUUGUGUUGGGUUUUAUUCAACUUGGGCAUUGGAUUUGUCAAACCUGCUACCUUGAGAUGUGUACCAAAGAUUCCCCCAACGUCUCGUCCCACCAACUCAAGUCAUCUGUUAACUAUCCCACCAACCAAUUCUUCCAUUACCACAUCACCAAGAAUGCGUGAGAAAAGGAGCCUGCUCCCUUCCACUUGGCCAGUGAUAUUAGAAACAGAGCCCAAUGUCACCGAAACUGUCAUCUUUUCGACAGCUCCAAACAAGACCAGUGCACCCACCCCACAACCUCAGACAGAUGAAAUUACUGACCAUAUUAUGGACUUGACCUUGAAUCCGAGCACGGCAACCCCUGCCUUCCUGGGAAAUGUAACCAGAGAGACGACCACCGCUAUUGUCACUACCACCAAAUCUUUACCUUCUGAUCAAGUCACUCUUGUUUACGAUCAACAAGAAGUUGAGGCUAUAUUCUUGGUGAUCUUGGUGGUUGUCAUAAUAGGAGAAUUUUUCAGUGCCUCUUCUGUCACCAUUGUGGACACUGUAACACUUCAGUAUCUGGGAAAACACAGAGAUCGCUAUGGAUUGCAGCGUAUGUGGGGCUCCCUGGGCUGGGGCCUGGCGAUGCUGUCUGUGGGCAUUGGGAUUGACUACACACACAUAGAAGUGAUCAUUGAUGGAAAGGGGUGUAAACCCCCUGAAUAUCGGAACUACCAGAUCGUCUUUAUUGUCUUUGGGGUUCUCAUGACCAUGGCUUUGAUUGUUGCCACUCAGUUCCGGUUCCGCUACAACCAUUUCAAAAACAAUGAAAAUAAAGGAAAAGAGGUGGAGAUCCCUCAAGUGGAGAGAAACAGCUCUACAGAGUCCUCUGAGGAGACACCAACCACCACGAGCCACUCACAAGCCUUCAACUUUUGGGACUUAAUCAGACUGCUUUGCAGUGUGCAGUAUGGCUCGGUGUUGUUCGUGGCAUGGUUUAUGGGUUUUGGAUAUGGCUUUGUGUUCACCUUUCUCUACUGGCAUUUGGAAGACUUGAAUGGAACUACAACUCUCUUUGGGGUCUGUUCAGUCCUGAGUCAUGUGUCUGAGCUGACAGCUUAUUUUUUUAGUCACAAGCUUAUUGAAUUGAUUGGCCAUAUCAGGGUUCUGUACAUUGGCCUGGCUUGCAAUACGGCUCGCUAUAUUUAUAUUUCCUACCUGGAAAAUGCCUGGACUGUUCUCCCCAUGGAAGUUCUUCAAGGAGUGACACACGCGGCCAUCUGGGCAGCGUGCAUUUCUUAUCUCAGUGCAGCAGUUCCCCCUGAGCUGAGGACGUCUGCUCAGGGCAUCCUGCAGGGCCUUCACCUAGGUUUGGGGAGAGGUUGUGGUGCCAUGAUCGGAGGCGUAUUAGUCAAUUAUUUUGGGGCUGCCGCAACCUUUCGAGGAAUCGGCAUGGCCUGCCUGGUGAUCCUCCUGCUUUUUGCCCUGAUCCAGUGGCUGGCAGUGCCCGGUGAGGAAGAAGACAAGACAAUGUUGGCAGAAAGGAUUCCCGUGCCCUCUAGUCCUGUUCCCAUAGCCACCAUUGACUUGGUACAGCAACAGACCGAAGACGUCAUGCCACGCAUUGAGCCCAGACUUCCUCCCAAGAAAACCAAGCACCAGGAAGAACAGGAGGACGUGAACAAGCCAGCCUGGGGCGUCAGCUCCUCCCCCUGGGUGACCUUUGUCUACGCACUCUACCAAAUUAAAGAGAUGAUGCAGCUAACAAGAGACAACCGUGCUCCUGAGAUACAGCCUUUGCAGGGGACCAGUGAGAAUCGGGAAAAUUCUCUAGCUGGUGGAGUCCGGCCUGUCCCAUGUGAGACUCAUUCUGACCCAUCCAGAAACCAGCCAUCCCCUCAAGCAGCAGCAUCUCGGACACAGAGCAGCCCCACUCACCCCAGUGUGGACCAGCGUGUGGAGAAGGAGGACCAGCAGGCUCAGCCUGCCGCUGGGGGACACUGAGGGCUCCCACUCAUCUCCCACCCUGCAUGGAACUGGGCCCCUCUGCCAGGACAGAGGGAGAGGCUCCCUGAACCCAAGACAUGCCUCACCUUGAGAAGCAUAGCACUAUAUACUCUUCUAAAUACCUGAACUCAUCAACAUGGAAACACACACACACACACACACACACACACACAGAAGCUACAGUACAUAUUGGCAGAAACAGGUAAAUUUCUAUAAUCCCACUGGAAUCACAGAAGGGAAAUAAGAGUUCAGUAAAGACUUCAGUUCUUUGGUUGGUUAGGUUAAGAACUGUAGGACUUCUUUGCCAGGGCAGUUAGGGUUGAAAGCAGCAGUUACACUAAGUAAGUGGAGGGAAAGAAAGUGUUUCAAGGUGAAUGCUGAUACAGUUUCCCUCUUUUGAUUAUUUAUUCUAAUUAUUUGGUUCUUAAUGCAAACUGGGAAGAAAUAAAAUAUAUCUAUAAUUUUGUUUCUCUUGAAGAGAACUAUUUAAAAAAUUACAAGACAUAUUUAAGAAGUAGCCGGAUAAAAGUUACUAGCUUAUAUGCUUUUGUUUAAAAAACAAAACAGAGAAACAGGAAAAAGUUUCAUCAGAAACUUGGCAUAUCUCUAGCAAAUAUAUUUUUAUAUGUAUAUGGUAUAUAAUGAAAAUAGUCCAUUCUUUGAGCAGCAAAAGCCGUACUGACUACCACAAACUAAGCUGAGCUUUAAAUGCCUUUUGUUUUUAAAUGGGCUUUAAGACAAGAGGACAGAAUAUUUCAAAUAAACCAACCAACUCAGUAUCCUAUGGCUUGACAGACAAGGGUUUACCAAAUAUAUUGAUACUGUAAAUAGCCUCUAUCACUAUGUCACAAUUUUAUAGUGAUUUGGGCUCUAAAUAGCUGAUGGAAUUUUUUAAAAAAUCACUGAAUUCCUAAGGGUUUCUUUAAUUAAGCAGUACUAUUUACAAAUAACAGUAUAAGAUUUAAGUGCCUGGGAGAGGGAUUAUAAUUUUUAAAAAUUACACAAUGGGUAAGUUUUUGUUUUGUUUUUGGUGAAGGGAAAAGGUGGUGAACAGGAAGCCAGGAAUGGAAAGGAUUAAGAAGUAACUAUAUUUUCCAAUGACUAAAGAAAUAAUCUGUGUAUUCCUUUUCAUGAAGAUACAGUCAGACACUGGACAGAUGAGACAGGGGUGUGCUACUGUAAAUAUUAUACCUACAGUCAGAACAGUGGCUAGGUGACUCACGCAUAAAGCUUGCUGCUAAAAAUGAAAAGCUAAGGAUACUAAGAAGCCUUGGGGGAGGGCUGUGGAAAAAGCACUGCUUUACCUGAAUGAAGGUCAAUGGUAUGUGUAAUAACUGUGAGUGAGCACAGGAGAGAGGAAAGAAAAGAACAGAGUUAAAAAUGAGCAACUCACCUUACCUCCUGACCCUGAUUAGACAAGAUCAGUUGUAAAGUGAGGGCCUCUCCACGACACCAUACUUCUGCCCAAUACUGCAUCUGGGAGAAGAAAGUCUAUACUUGGAUGUUUAGCUUUGCCACAAAACACAGCUUAAAAAUAAAAUAAUGGAAAGAAAUAGAAUUAAGCAAAUAGUUAUUUUUGCACUUGAACUGAAACGUACUGUACUGUAAAUUAUCAUGACUCAUUUUAAGUGACCUUUAAAAUCAGAUGUAUUUAUUAUGCUUAUGUAACUAUAGAAAUAAAGAAGUGGCUGACAGGCUGAACCUCACCUAUGAAUGUACAGUAUGUGGAUCUGUGACACUGACUUUAGGAAGUCAAAAACUUAUACUGUGUCUUGUGUUUACAGUUCUGAUUUAUUCCUUUGAAAAGCCUGCUGUUUUGGAAAUGCACAGUUGACAUGUUGAAAUAAAAAUAAAUAUCAUUUUUAAA